AUGCCUCGUGCCGCGCCCUCGCCUUCGCCCUCACAAGCCGCGGCGGCGGCUGCUGCGGCGCACCAAACAAAUGGGGUCGGGCCCCAGGCGAAUAGUAUACCGAUGGUAAACGGGCUGCCGAGCGGAGGUCAACAGACGGAUAUGAAUCAUCUGUGGAGCGUGGUGCAGCAGCUGAGCCAGGUGUUGGAGGAGAAUCGUGCGCAGACGCAGGGCAUUGUGAACGGUGUGCACGCGAUUCAGGCGAGGGCUGCGGAGACGGAGGGAGGAAUUGCGGGCCUGGGAAUCCGGGAGGUGAAUGGGGAUUUGAAUACCGCCUCGCGCAGCGCCGAACUCUCAAAUCUACACUCCCAACUCUCCUCCUUGCAAACCACCAUCUCAGAUCUCACCACCUCGAACACAGCCCUCCGCACGCUAAUCACUGACUACGAAUCCGCACUCACCCUCUGCCUCGAUAAACUCCGCCCAUACGCCUACAACCAAACGCAAGCCAUGCUAGCGCUCCACAAGCACUACCAAACCCUUGUUGAACAAGAACGCGCAAUUUCCAUGCAAUUGAGACUGGAACAUGCUGAGUGGCAAGCGGGCCUGGGACGGGUGGCGGAAUAUGCGAGGUUGGCGUUGAAGGUGCAGAGUGAUGGUGAGUUGCCAUAUAAGAAAGAAUUGAAGGGGUUGAAGGAGGAGAACAGGGUGUUGAGGCGGUUGGCCGGGUGGGAGGAAAGGAAUGAGGACAGCAGUGACGAAGAGGGGGAGGAGAGGAUGGGUUGA